UUGGAACUCGAAUGUAUCGUAUGUGCAUUAAUGGUUCAUUCGCUAAUUCAGAUGCCGAAUCGAGAAUAUACCCAAUGUCUUUGUCAUAGCAUUAUGUAGGUCCAUGGCCCUGUCCUAUUUGAGCCACUGUUGGAACUGAACAAAGAACAAAAUUUUGUUUGAGCAUUUGAUGGCCCUGCCCUCUCUUAUUUUCUUUCAAUUUGGAAGAAUAAAUAUCUUGGUUCAGCUAAAUAGCUCUAAUCAUUCAAAGUCAGAAGGUACGUGCGGCCAAGAACAAGAAGUAUGUAUGCGUGUUCCUCUGUUCAAGUUUUGGGUUUGAGCAAGCAUGCUUAAUUCGUUGGGAUUCCAGCUAAACAAUAAACAAGUUGUCUUGUCCCCAAGUCAUGAAUCAGGGAUGUGACAACAACCACCAAGUGUAGUCCACAGAUGGUUAAUUGCGCAUGUAAACUUGCUUACCCUUUCCUAGUGCGGCUUCAGUUCUCGGCAUUCGGAAUCUCCAUGCAACUUCCUCUUGCUGCUCUAACACACGGUCCACUCGAGUCGAAGUGAAAGCUGAAAGAACCCAUCCACUGUACAUUCCCACUGAAGCAUGGUUGUGAUAAAACCAGGUUUUCUUGCCAUCUGUAUGAUAUAGUGGUUCCUCUUCUUAGUUGGUAGCAGAGUUGAGAAUCUUCACAGGCUUAAAGUCAAUCUGCUUUUGCUGAUGCCUGCAACGCGUUUCUCUUUCAGUCAAUUACCAUAGCAAAGUAUCUGAGAAAGAAUGCCUGCUAAGGAAAAAGAAGGGUGCUCAGGAAACAAGAAGAGCGUUGCAAGAGGGUCAAACGAUAAGAACUUGGACCUGAGGCUCGGUCCUCCUGGAGAAAGUUUUAUUCAAGGAGCCAAAAGGGUGUUUGAAGACAUUGUAACUCAUAAAGCAAGAGAUACAAAGCUCUUGCAUAAACACCCCUGCCUAAAGCCCCCUUUGAGUGACCAAAAGAUUGAGGAGCUUGCUGAUAGCAGGACAUGCUGGCCCGAGAAAACGACUUUGACUCUUCGGAGAGUGAUCCAGGAACUGAAGACGCAACCCAAUCCUUCAUACAAACAGUUCUCUUUGACCUCCCCGCUGAAUGUGACGGUUGCAAAAUCUUCACAAGAGCAUGUCUUUAAUGAAGCGGACUUUCUCAAUUUAAACAAUGAAGCCCUUUCAAGUCCUCUUAUUCUACCUGGAAACUCUCCGAAAAGGGUGUUUGAAGACAUUGUAACUCAUAAAGCAAGAGAUACAAAGCUCUUGCAUGAACACCCCUGCCUAAAGCCCCCUUUGAGUGACCAAAAGAUUGAGGAGCUUGCUGAUAGCAGGACAUGCUGGCCCGAGAAAACGACUUUGGCUCUUCAGAGAGUGAUCCAGGAACUGAAGACGCAACCCAAUCCUUCAUACAAACAGUUCUCUUUGACCUCCCUGCUGAAUGUGACGGUUGCAAAAUCUUCACAAGAGCAUGUCUUUAAUGAAGGGGACUUUCUCAAUUUAAACAAUGAAGCCCUUUCAAGUCCUCUUAUUCUGCCUGGAAACUCUCUGAAAAGAAUUCCGCCUGGUCCAGUCGUUGGGUGGCCUCCAAUAGGUUCCUUCAGGAAAAACAUUGCAAACAACUUGUUGUGCAGGCAAACUCCUGAGAUGUCAUCGAGUGAAUUUAGGAAGCAGGACAAUGGUGAACAUCAAUCAGAAGAUCCAAACCAGCACAUGUUUGUAAAGAUCUACAUGGACGGAUUCCCAAUAGGAAGAAAACUGAACCUCAAAGCCUAUGACAGUUAUGAGAAGCUCUCUGUUGCCAUUAACGAACUCUUUAGAGGCCUUCUUGCUGCGCAAAGCGCUGCGAGCGAUGAUACAAAUGCAGAGAGAGAGGACAUGAAUGCCGAAAAUGGGGAAUGCACUUUAGUUUAUGAGGAUAAUGAAGGAGACAGGAUACUCGUUGGUGAUGUUCCAUGGAAUAUGUUUGUAUCUACUGUCAAAAGGCUGCGCAUCAUGAAGAGCUCGGGUCUCACCGCUUCCCCGCCAUUUGUAAGCAGUGAUCAAGACAACACACCUCCUGAUUCAGCGGCAAAAACUGGAAGAUGAGGGAGACAUUGAGCUGAUCAUCAGGAGUUCACAAUUUCAAGGACUUGUAUAUUAUGCUUCCUAGUGUAUUUUUUUUGGUUUUUGGACCAUCCAUAAGGCUAUUCUAGAUGUUUGUGUGUUAUUAGUUCUCGCCCAGCUAUUUGUAUAUAGCAUAUGCAUUAGUUUAUUAGGACUUACCAGCUGAAGCAUAUAUGUGAUUACAAUUAGCUUUUACCUGCUAUAAACAAAAUUCCACUCAACAGAAUGGAUUUCAGUGUUUCUAUCUCAA